AAAUAGGAACCUGGGAGAGUCCUGAAGUGAGGGGUGUUCAGCCGCUGCCGAGGACGUUUCACACAUCCUCGGCAGCGAUAGGCGACCGCCUGUACGUGUUUGGAGGGGGAGACAAAGGAGCGGAACCUGUUACAGACCCGCUUCACGUGUUUGACACAGCUACCUUGACCUGGUCCCAGCCAGAUACUUACGGUGAUCCCCCCUCUCCUCGGCAUGGACACGUUGUGGUUGCAGUCGGGACCAAGCUCUUCAUACAUGGAGGUUUAGCUGGUGAUAUUUUUUACAAUGAUCUGUUCUGCAUUGAUAUAAAUGACAUGAGAUGGGUUAAGAUACCAGCCACGGGUGAUGUCCCAGGAGGACGGGCAUCCCACGCGUCAGCUGUGUUUAAAGACCACUUGUACAUUUUUGGUGGAAUAGGUCCCGAGGGGACGCUGGAUACUACAUACAAGUAUCACACAGAGAAGCAGCAGUGGACACUCCUGCAGUUUGAUUCCCCCCUGCCCGCUGGGAGACUGGACCACGCCAUGUGUGUCAUUCCCUGGCAGGCUGGCAGGAGCAGGGAAGGCAAAGCGGGGAAGGAGUCAACUACGUGGGCAGGUGACGACGCUGGCCUGUGCCAGAAGAGCGAGGAGGAGGAGGGCUGCGCUGAGGACACAGUUGUGCAUCUACUGUUAGUGUUUGGUGGGAUGGACACCCAGGGGGAAAUAUACAGGGACUGCAUCGUCAGUCUGAUCAACUAG